CUUGCAUUGUCCGUUGCCGAAUCCAUUCCCGCUUUUGCUUCGCUCUCCUCAAGACAGUCGCAGAUCAAACAUCAUGGUGGAGUGGAAGAAGCACAUUGCCAACGCCAACUGGCCCAUGGUCCUUUACUUGGGGUUCUGCCACGUGCAGGCGCUGGCCGCGAUUCCGUACUUUACGUCGUGCAAGUGGCAAACGUGGGUGUGGACCCUUGUAUGCUACCAAGCCGCGGGGCUCGGCAUCACCGGCGGCGUGCACCGUCUGUGGUCCCACAAGGCGUACAAGGCCGCCGAUUCGGUGCGCGUCUUCCUCAUGCUGUGUAACGCGUUGGCCAACCAAGGCACGAUCUACCACUGGUCUCGCGACCACCGCGUGCACCACAAGUGGAGCGAAACUGAAGCCGACCCGCACAACGCGAACCGCGGUCUAUUUUUUGCGCACGUUGGGUGGUUGCUUGUGAAGAAGGACGCCAAGGUGAUUGAAGCCGGCAGGAAGAUCAACUGCGACGACUUGAAGGAAGACUGGGUCGUGAUGCUACAGGAACGCUUCAACCCGUGGGGCAACCUGUUUGUGUGCUUCGUCUUUCCCAUGCUUGUGGCCACGUACGGGUGGAACGAGUCGUGGGUCAACGGCCUCCUCGUCUCCGGCUUCUUCCGCUACGUGUUUGUGUUGCAUGCGACGUGGUUGGUCAACAGCGCCGCCCACUUCUACGGCACCAAGCCGUAUGACCCUGACAUGGGCCCGACCGAGAACACGUGGGUGGCGUUCUUUGCCAUGGGCGAAGGUUGGCACAACUGGCACCACGUGUUCCCGUACGACUACGCAGCCAGCGAGUUUGGAAUCUCGGCACAGUGGAACCCCACCAAGCUGUUCAUCGACACCAUGGCCAAGCUUGGACUGGUGACAGACCGCAAGCGCGCGUUGCAAGCGUGGGAAGGGCGCAAGGCCCGCUUGUAUGCCAAGGCCGUCGACGACGCCGUUAAGGCCAAGACCGCCUAAGGCUUAACCUAAAUUCACAUUAUUUGUUGCAA